GAAACAAUACGCAUUGAUCCUUUCAAAAUGUCAGUGACGUCGUUAAAGUCAGUACGAAACAUGACGCCUAUAGAGUCUGCAGACGACUUGAGUUUUGUUCAUGAGGUCGCCAAGUCCACGACCGGCAGCCAGAACGUACAAGUGUCUCGUCCGCUGGGCGGAAAUGACGUACGAACACAGUUGCAUGAUGGGCCGGAGUUAGGUAAACAGUUGCAUGAUGGGCCGGAGUUAGGUAAACAGUUGCAUGAUUUUACUGAUUCUGUGCCCCGAAGUGUAGUCCAAGUCAAGUCAACUAAAGCAGACGACUCAGAUGACUUAUAUGACUUUGACUAUGUAAAUCUCAAUGAAAAUGACAAUAUAAGUUCGAGGCCAGCUAAUGAACCCAAUGGAAUCGACGGUCUAGAAGAUAAUAGAGAAAAUGUAGACUCAAGACUUGGUGGAACAUUACAAGAUGACGUGUUACUUCUGCACACAUCAACAGACGAUUUAAACGAUGACGAGAUGGAUGAUGUGAUAGACGAUGUAAACAACGACGCCCUAACCAAAAAUGAUUCAGACAAAUUCGUACAUCACAGAUCAGAUGUCAAGAAUCAUGUUCAUUUCCAAUUAGAUUCCACGAGUGUUGUUCAUGUCGAAUCACAUUCCAAAAACCAUGUUCAUUUUGAACUAGAUUCUCGAGAACUGGACAGUGUUCUGAACGAGGAUACAGAGUCCCUGCAAAGUUAUAGACAGGCUGAUCAAUCAGCCAUAGAAAGUGGUGCUAAUAAAGUGCUGAACAGACAAUUCAGCACUGAGUCUGGUGAUUCGGAAACGGAUGUUGAUUCAUCUUCCGGAACUUUGUCAGAGAGGGACGAACAAAAUGUAGGGUCGCCAAAGCAAAAGCAUAAAACUAAAUACAUUUCAGACAGUGACCAGCAGAGUAAUGUUCAUGUUACAGAAAGACAAAACUUUGAGGAUAACUCUUCAGACGUAAGCCAGGAUACACAAGUACCUCAUCAAAGCUUAGUCCCAACAGAAAAAGGAGCAAUGAACUUUGAAGACUCUGUAGAAAGUUCUUAUUUCGCAAUGUUUAAAAGUUCAGAAACGGAUAAAGACAACAGUAAGGUCAAGGCUGGUGCAGGGGAAGAGAUCAUAACACCACAGACUCCUAAUCGAGUAUCAGCUCUGACCAUUGAAACAGCGCACACCGUAGACGGUGGCAGCGUUGGUCCGGACAGUAUUGAUGAGGGUAAAGACAUUGAUGAUGGUGUCAGUAAAAACACAGCAGAAGAUCACCAGGAAAGGAUAACUCUUUCUGAUGUUCACGAAAUCAAAACUGACGCGGAAACAAAAAAUAGUUCCAACGCAGACGAACAAAUAACCCAAAGCACUGACCCUCAAAGUAAUCAAGUCAACGAAAAGCCCGAAGAUGUGAAAUCCAAUAUUCCUAACCAUGAAAGGACUCCACGAUAUGAAGAUGCGGAAAAUCCCGAUGACGUAAGCCUAGUUCUUGACAAUGACUUUAAACACACUGCUGAGAGAUCCUCGGCCAGAACACAAAAAAGUUACGCCAGUGCUAAAUCUUCGUCCUCUCACAAAUCUCUAGCACCUCAUAGACCCAUUGAAGAAAUGAAGGCUGCUGACAGACUCAAGUAUGCUCCAUACGCCGAGAGCCUUGCAAGGGGAUACAGCAAACAGGUCAAUGCUUCUAAGCAGCAGAAUAAUGCUAAACACAAGAGGCACGUCCAGCCAAAACCAGAGACUGAGCCUCAAACUGGGAAAGAGUCAGCACAAGGUCAUCCUAAGGCUAAAACAGAGGAAGCUUCUCCUCAGAAAAAAGAGCAGAAUCCUCGGUCUCGUUUUGAAAAAACAUCGUCUGCUCAAAAACAAAAUCAUGCUCCAAAAGGAAAAAAACAAUUAGUCAAACAAAGACAGACAAAAAGUUCUGUAGCUAUAGUGAAUUCAAACAAAAAGAAAGAUGAAAAUAUGAAUGAAAUUACAGAAAAUAAUGAGGAGUUACAAAACAAGGAUCAGGCAGAAGACCACAUGGUACAAAAUAAAGAAACAAUCUUGGUAUCAGAAGAAGCAAAAUCUAAGGCUGAGUUAAUCGCCCCUGUAAAGCCAGACGAAAUCUCCUCGGCCAUUGUUUCAAAGGUGCCAGAUAAGCCUGAAGAUGUUUUAGAAAACGUGGCUCCCAGUGACAACGUCGGAGAUUGUAAGCAAGAAGAAGGAAUCAAGGAAGAAUCUCAAGCAGAGCACACAACUAGCUUGCUAUCAAGUCCUAAGAAUCAGGCAGAAAUCAAAGUGGAAAGGAACCAAGAGGAAAUAACUCCUUUGCUAAACGAUAAUAACCAAGAAACAAUCAACAAAGAAACAAAUUUGCCUGUUAAAAAUAACCAAGAAACAACCAACAAAGAAAAAAAUUUGCCUGUUAAAAAUAACCAAGAAAUAAUUAACAAAGAAACAAAUUUGCCUGUUAAAAAUAACCCAGAGAACUCCAACAAAAAGAAAACUUCAAGCAAAAAUCCCAAAGAAAUCGAAGCAACAACUACAGACAAGGAAGAACAGAAAGAUUCCGGAAUAAAGAGUUGGUUUGGAAGUAAGAAGAAGAAGAAACCCCAGAAGGAUAACGCCUCUGACAAAAUCAAAAAUGGUGUCACUCCCCGGAGUACAGUGUCCGUAAAUGGGAUUAUUAUUACCACCACCAGUGAAGACUCGCCGAAAACUGACCAAUCAAAACAAGAGAACAAAACAACCUCAGUGCCUGCUGCUUUGACCAUUGUGGACGAAACCAAAUCUGACCCUUACGGGAAAGCCGGGCGCGUUGUCUUGGCUAAUAUCAAACAAAAACUGAAAGAUAGUUCCUUAUCUGGAUCAGUAAACUCCACGUCUGCUCUUCCGGUCAACCAGAGGUCAAGAUCUCCUUCACCGGAAACCAGUUUCAGCAGCAACGGCUCCAAAUUGGGAAAAAUCGCCCACAAGACGCAGAGCAUGAGCUCGCUUCAGGUUCCAGGGGCGCUGACAACUCCACGAGAUUCUUCACAAGAAGACGACAACAUUUCUAUCUCCUCAAGAAGAGACUCCACUUCUAGGAGGUCAGUGGACUAUCGGAUACAGAACGCCACAGCGGUCAUGGUUCCGGAAGCAGCAGACGAGAAGCCAAAGUCUGUUCUGACCAACGAUGAGACCUUUAUUAAGAACGCCAUUCCUUACCUCCCCUUAAGUCUGGCGAUUGCUUGUCUCCUGCUCAACAUCGUCAUCCCUGGUUCAGGUACUGCCUUAAGCGGCUUGUCCAUCUUGUGCUGUGGUCAAGCUCGGGUGUCCAACAAGAAUGACCAGAUUUUGACCACCUUGUGUGCUAACUGUCUGGUCGGUUUGGCUCAACUCUUCACCGUUACGUUUCUUUUGGUUGGUUGGUUCUGGUCCAUUGGAUGGGGAAUACAGAUGGUCUCUUUAUCUGUUCAACACAGAGAAGAGAUGAAGAAGCAAAGAGCCAAAGAACUGCAAGCCCUGGCACUCAGCGCCUUCGGAUCUCCCAAGAGAGGCGCCCCGUUUGGACCUUGACCUUGACUUUCCUACAUCAUUCAAGAGAAACAUUGUUGUGCGAUAGGCCUUGCCCCUGCAGUUGUUGAUGGCUGGCUGACUUGGACAGAUUACUCUGGAGAUGUCUGGCUUUCUUGUACGGGUGUAUUCGAUGUACUUAACUAACAAGUAACAAGACCUACACAUGUAACAAGUAACAAGACCUACACAUGUAACAAGUUGAAAGACCAAGCCCAAAUCGUUAUAAAACUACAGAUGACGUUUAAUACUGUAAAGGCCACAGUCGAGUCUCUGUCUAUAAUGUUACGUUGUCCCUCUGAAGUCCUAUCACCAACUGACUAUACUUACAUAAAUAAUCUCUAACCCAACAAAGUCGUGACGUCACUAACACCAACUGACUAUGUUCACAUAAAUAAUCUCUAACCCAACUAAGUCGUGACGUCACUAACACCAACUGACUAUAUUCACAUAAAUAAUCUCUAACCCAACUAAGUCGUGACGUCACUAACACCAACUGACUAUAUUCACAUAAAUAAUCUCUAACCCAACUAAGUCGUGACGUCACUAAAUGUCGCGUUCAAGGUCUGUCAAGUAUGGUGCGUCCCUAUACAAACUAAUAAUACUAACUGUUCAAUAGUUACGAUUAAUUGUAUUCUUGUCCCUAGUUAUUAUGUAAUUAACUCUUUCUCUCCUAACAGACGAUACCAGCGUUGAUUCCACCAGAUUGUGGUUAAUAAUUACGGAGAGAAAGAGUUAAUGUAACAGGUUCGAUUUUGAUUGAAACUUUGAACGCGGUAAAUAAAAUGAAAGAAUACAUAUACAUGUAGACCAGAAGAAAGACGAACCCUU